UUUUUACACAAUUGUAAGGCACUUUUCACGUGAUAAACAUGAAGCCCAUGAUGGACCCGAUAAAAUGAUACAGUUGUAUUUACCGUACACGCAGAACAAUAUAUGAACAAUAUAUGAUCCACGUGUAUGUACGAGCUUGACGAGAUAAGAGUACCCCUUCCGACGCGAAUUUCCUUGGGAUUGAAGAACAUUAUAAAUUACAUUAGAGCUGAACGGCCGAGCCGAGUACAAGACAGACAGUUUUUGUUGCACUAAUGUAUCUUCGUAUCUCAAUUAUUCGCGAAUCUCGUUUCCCAAAUUCCGUCUGCUCGUCUUCAACAAUCACGGAACGUAACGCCAGUGUGAUCGUGUUUUCGUGGAAGAACGACGUACGAUGGAGAAAUGCGAGAAAUCACCAUCGAAAUUGAGCAUGUGGCGGCAAAUCCUAUUAACACUGGUCGUGAAUAUCUUGACGAUAUCAUAUGGCGUGAUAAUAGGAUGGCAAUCAUCGUUUGCUCCGCAACUACAGAGCUCGUCGCCACCCGUAGGAAAUGAAUCUAUGACCGAUGAAGGCGUAUCUUGGUUGAAUGGCAUUCUGUGUGUGGGCGGCACCUUCACAACCGUUGUCUUUUCGCUAUUACCCGACAAAUACAGUCGAAAACGAAUCGGUUAUCUGAUUAUAUUGCCAUGGUGUAUCUCCUGGUUACUGAUUAUCGUCGCUACCGAGCACAUAUACAUUUAUAUAUCCAAAUUCCUCAGUGGUAUAUUUGGUGGCAUUUUAUUCUUCUAUGUGCCGAUCUAUGUGUCAGAGAUUUCGGACGAUAGCAUACGUGGCCUACUAGGCAGCAUAUUGGCGUUCGCCAUAAAUUUUGGCAUAUUGUUGGCUUAUAUAUUGGGAGGCAUGUUGUCCUUUAGAACCUAUGCCAUAGUUAAUCUGGUGCUGCCUGCAUUGUACCUUAUCACUUUCGUUUUUAUGCCGGAGUCGCCGGUCUACCUGAUACGUCAAGAUCGUAUACGAGAAGCUACCAGAUCUUUGAUGUGGCUGAAAGCUGGAGAUAGACUGGUAGCGGAACGGACAUUGUCGUACCUACAAGCGGAAAUGAAGCAGAAUGACAUGGUCGCGAAAUCUGUCAAGUUGUCAGAUUUGUUUAAAGACAGAGCGACGAUAAAGGGAUUAAUAAUUGUCGUUGGUUUGUUCCUUGGACAACAAUUUUGCGGAAUUUUCGCGAUGCUCAGCUAUACCGAGACCAUCUUCGAAUUGUCUGGUAGCUCGUUAUUGCCGAACACAGCAGCUAUCAUUAUUGGCGCCAUACAAUUUUUCGGUUCGUGCCUGGCCUCGCUCUUCAUGGAACGCGCAGGUAGACGAUUGCUGAUCCUUGUGUCUUGCGCGGGAAUGUGCUUGUGCCAAAGCGUGAUGGGCAUGUUCUGCUACUUCCAAGAGUUCGGAUAUGAUGUAUCUGUUUACGAUUGGGUGCCGGUAGUCGCAUUAUCUACUUUUAUGAUAGCGUAUUCUUGCGGAAUGAGUAGUGUACCCAUUAUCGUAAUGGCUGAGAUAUUUAACCGCAAUGUGACUAGUGUGGCGACAAAAAUAGGAUUAUUUUUCCUUUGGGUUAGCGCUUUCAUUGUAACAAAAAUAUUCCCUACAUUGAUUGCUUUGCUGGGCAUGUACGGGUGCUUUUUUCUCCUCGCGUUCUCAUGUGCGUUUAGCUUCAUAUUCUGCUUCAUGCUGCUACCGGAGACGAAAGGACGGAUGCGCGAGGAUAUAGUCAAUGAGCUCAACGAGUGUACGAAGAAUAAGAAAAACACGAAACGUAUCAUUGGUACGCACUCGACGGACGCAGCUCGUGUGUGAAGAUACUAUUGUAUGCAGAAUGUACCUGAUUAAAGUUGAUACCUAAAAAUACUGCAGCGGAGAAGAGAACAAUUAAUGUCACAAGUACAUUCUUUAGCGGAUUAAUUUCUUAUGAAUUGUUUUGCUAAUUUUUUUUUUCGAAUCUUUACAAGUUUUUACAUUUCGCUCUUGUACCGUUUAUUUUACAUUUCUUGGGUAGUCUUGGAAUAUUUUCUUAGUACUCUUUAUGUUCUUAAUUUAUUUCACAUAUGCAUUGCAUGAAAUGUUUCUAAUUUAUAAUUUAUAGUUUAGUUUACUAAGAAUACGAGUUAGUCAAAUAUGUGAAUUACUGUGCGUUCGUUUGUAACGACUUUAUAAAAAGAAUUUCUCCUUAAAAAGAAGUCUCAUGGACUAAAUCAAAUAGUAUUGUACAUAAAAUGUAUUAUCUAUAUUAAUUAAAAAUUACUAAUGUUAAGGGCCCAGG